UUCCGUGGCCCUUGAUUCUGAAUUUGCUCCGACUCCACUCCUCCAUCAGUCCCUCCUUCCCAUCUCCGGUCGGACCAUCCUUUUCUCCAUCCAUCCUGCCCCCCUCCAACAAAAAACUGGCAUUCACUGAAUGAAAGCUGGACAGAAUUCUUUAAAAAGAACUACAGCCUACCAUAUUCCUCUUCUUUUAGUUGUAUCAUCCCUUCUUUUUCCCCUCUUUUCCUUUUUUUCCUUCCCUUGGUCCUCCACUACCUGUCCUUUCACAUCACUUCUUUUUUUCGGGAUGCUUUAAAGUUCCUCUAGGUAGGUUUAAUUAACUUGUUUAGUGUCUGUCUGACCUGUUUGUCUGUGUGUGUACCUGUGUGUCUUCUAUUUUAUGUGUACACGAAACACACAUUGACACACACACGUACAUACACUUGCACAUGCACACACUAAACAAACAGGCAGAUGUGACCAGGAUCUCUGUGCUGGUCCUAUGCCAUUUCUCCAUCCCGUUUGCUUGCCCAUUUCCAAAGGUCUACCACUUUUUCUGUCAUCUGUUAAGUCAGGGGUCUUCAGUCCUGUCCCAUUCUGUCCCUCCUGAAAUACACAUAUAAAAGGUCACCCAAUAUUUAUUUUUUCCAUCUUUACAUUCAACUAUGUUGAACCUAAAUGGAUGACACCACACCCAUGAAGUAAAAGUGUUUGAUGUUGGUGCAAUGUGAAGCAGUUUGUUCAUUAAUUCAUCAGACCACUAUAAGCCAAACCAAGGCUUAACUGCUUAUUCAAUGGUACAGUCAUUUAUCAGUUAUUUUUGUCACCACUUACACUAAAUUGAGCACACAUUGUACUGUGUAAUGUUUGUGGUUUCUAAGUCUUGAUUCAGUUUCCAUGAUUAGUUUAUGGUUUACCAUCCCAUUGGAAUAUUUGAAAUCGGGAUGUCACGGUGUGCAAAAUGGAUGUGCUAAUUACACUUCUCAUUAGCACUAAAAUGUAGUUAACAGUCAGUAAUUUGGAUGUGAAAGUUACUGAAAUGUUAUCAGGCUUUUCUUUGCUUGGUGUGUUCUUCAUAAAGUAGGCAACUGUGUUUUCAAAAUCCACACUAGCAAAAGUCAUCAACAUUUACAUGUUAACAUAUUUACGAUGUCCUUAACACAGUCAAGCUAUUUUUAUCAUCACCUCAACCUCCCAUUUUAAUUUGAAAUUACCUGAAGUUUAUCUCUGGCCACUGGUUUUUAUUUUACACCUUCCUCCUCUUCCACUGCCUUUUGUUCCCAUGGAUUUAACCUGCCGCAUUAUAGAUCCCUAUUUAUUGAGUGUUUAAUUUUCAUGUGUCACUCCUCCAGCUUUAUUUUCUCUCCCUCCUACAUCUCGGCCCGUCUAUCACCUAAGGGACGAACUCGCACUUCUCUGGCCUCCGUCUCUCUUUCUCACCCUCGCUCCUCUCAAAAUUUCCCUUGUUCUCUCGCUUGCCUCAAAACUCCCCCUUCCCCCUUCCCCAACCCCUCAGCCACCAAAAAUCAGCUGACAUGCCAAAGCACUGCAUUCCCAGAUGGCAUGGGAACAAACCCAUUAGAGAAUUAAAGACAGCUUUCUGACUCAUUCACAAAUUCACUCAGUUGGAGAUUUCCAAGAAGUUAUAUCCUUUCAAAACUUUUUGCUGUUUUUGUGAACAUUUGUAGGUUUGUUAAACAUCUCAGUUUAAGGUCCUGCUUAGAUAACACAAGACUGAGAAACAUGCUUUUUUAUUUAUUGAAACUUAAAGGGAAAAUAUAGCUAUUGCAAUGGAAAAAUAAAUGGGAGUUUUAAAAUGCCAUUAAAUAAAUUAAAUGCAAUUUUCUUUGUAAUUAUUCCAAUGAACUGAAUGAUAAAAUUGUGGAGAUCCCUCUCUUCCAUUAAUUUCUUGCUUGUAGUCCCAUUUUCUCUCCAUUUUCUGGUUUUCAAUGAGUUUUGGCAGUGUUUUUCCCCUAUUUCAGACAUUAUUUUCAAACAUUACAAGUCAGUUGGAUUUACCCAAAUCCGAUUCUUGUUAAGUCUAUCAUCACAGCUCCUCCUUCCUACUUCACAUUUUUCAUGAAUUUCAAGGACAUCAUUGGAAAGCCCAUGAGGCUCUAUCGACAUGUCAGAGGAGAUCCUCUUGUGUUUCUUGUAUUUUCUCUGUCCCAUUUGUCCAUCAUCCAGAUAUCAGUGAGACACUGCAGAAAAGGUUGCAAUGUGAUGCAAUAAGGAGGCAGUGGAGGAUUCAGGUGGGGAUCUUCGAACAGAACCGACCAACAGCUGGAGACCUACAUCAGUGAAGAUCUAAAGAUUCUUUUUUUUCUCUCACAAUAGUAUCUUUUAAAGAUACAAAAAAAAGAAGCCAAAAGGACAAAACUCACUCAGCUGCUUACAAGCUUUCAUUUUUCACCUCUCUAGUAUUGACUCAUUUUUAUUAUCGUUAUUAUUAUUUUUUUUUGUAAGAAGACAAUGCCACCAGAGACAUAAGCCUCAGGAGUGCUAUCCAGGGCAUUUAGAUGCAUUUUUGUAAGUGUAUUUUUACUAAACAAGACUGACAUUUGCAGUUUAAUAUUUCAUUUUCAUCCUUUAUUGAUCUAAGUUAGGGAAGCAGUUGCAGUUUUUCUGGACUAUUUUCUUGAUUGAUCUUUGAACUUAAAUCAUCUGGUUCUACCUGGAUCUACAGUAAAGCCAAACCAGUCCGGGGACCAUCCAGAAUCUGUUUCUGUUGUUUUACACAAACCCUUGCUUCCUCUGUGGUCCCCUUUGUGCUGCCUUAUUCAUUUGUUAUCCCUCCAUCUGAGGCUAUGAGAGGAAGAGAGGAGACCCAGCUCAAACCAUCAUGCCAGAGUUGAGCAGAGAGAAUGGCAGUUGGGCUGGCAAUGUUCAAGGGACGGUGUCUUCACUUCACUGCCAUGCUUGUCAGCCUCGGCCUCUUUCCCUCCUUCCGCCGUACCCUCUCCUCGCCCUCCAUCCUCCCUUCACCUUCCAGGCAUCAUCUUUUCUCCUUAGUGCUCUUCCUGUCCCUGCUUCUCUUCCCAGCUUGCGAGUCGCGACGGGGCAGUGGGGGCAUGGCCGGGGGCGUGGCCACUGGCAACAUCAUUGGGCCGCCCCAUUACUCUCCACCAAAUCCGGUGGCAUCAGUGCCCAAGUUGGCACAGGGCCUUAGCAUUGCCGUAGUGCUUGUGGGCAACUCAAGUGAAAUGGUGCUGGCUGAGGGCCUGGAAAAGGAGGACUUCCUGCAUGUACCGCUGGCACCCAAGCUUGACCUGGUCACCAUGAAUGAAACAGACCCAAAGAGCAUUAUCACGCGCAUAUGUGCGCUAAUGUCCCGACACUGGCUCCAGGGUGUCGUGUUUGGUGAUGACACCGACCUUGAGGCUAUCGCUCAGAUACUUGACUUCAUCUCAGCGCAGACCCACAUCCCCAUCCUGGGAAUCCGUGGAGGCUCCUCCAUGAUCAUGGCUGCCAAGGAUGACAACUCCAUGUUCUUCCAGUUCGGGCCAUCUAUAGAGCAGCAGGCCUCCGUCAUGCUCAACAUCAUGGAGGAGUACGACUGGUACAUCUUCUCCAUCGUCACUACCUACUACCCGGGGUACCAGGACUUCGUCAACAGGAUUCGAAGUACCAUAGACAAUAGCUUUGUGGGCUGGGAACUGGAGGAGGUGUUGCUGCUCGAUAUGUCAUUGGACGAUGGCGACACUAAGAUCCAGAAUCAGAUGAAGAAGCUCCAGAGCCCAGUGAUACUGCUCUACUGCACUAAAGAAGAGGCCGCCACCAUUUUUGAGGUGGCGCAUUCCGUCGGCCUGACCGGUUACGGUUACACCUGGAUCGUACCAGCGCUGGUUGCGGGGGAUGCCGACAACGUACCCACUGUCUUUCCUACAGGUCUGAUCUCAGUGUCAUACGAUGAGUGGGACUAUGGACUGGAGGCACGUGUGCGUGAUGCCGUGGCAAUCAUUGCCAUGGCAACCUCCACCAUGAUGCUGGACAGAGGUCCCCACACACUGCUGAAGUCAGGUUGCCAUGGUGCGCCCGAAAAGAAAGGCCCGAAGGGGGGGAACCCCAACGAAGUUCUGAGAUACCUCAUGAACGUGACAUUUGAGGGACGCAAUCUCUCGUUCAGCGAGGAUGGCUACCAGAUGCACCCCAAGCUGGUUAUUAUUUUGCUGGAUAAGGAGAGACAGUGGGACAGGGUGGGAAAGUGGGAGAAUGGCUCGUUGACCAUGAAAUACCACGUGUGGCCACGCUUUGAGCUUUAUUCAGAUGCAGAAGAAAGGGAUGAUGACCACCUGUCUAUCGUUACACUAGAGGAGGCCCCGUUUGUCAUUGUGGAGGAUGUGGAUCCUCUCAGUGGUACCUGCAUGAGGAACACGGUUCCCUGCAGAAAACAGCUCAAAGCCCAAAACCAAACAGGAGAUUCAGGGAUCUAUAUUAAGCGCUGUUGCAAGGGCUUCUGCAUAGACAUCCUCAAAAAGAUCGCGAAAUCUGUGAAGUUCACUUACGACCUCUACCUAGUGACCAAUGGGAAACACGGCAAGAAGAUCAAUGGCACGUGGAACGGCAUGGUGGGCGAGGUGGUUUUGAAGAAUGCUCACAUGGCAGUGGGCUCCCUCACCAUCAACGAGGAGCGGUCAGAGGUCAUUGACUUCUCUGUCCCCUUCAUAGAGACGGGCAUUAGUGUCAUGGUCUCACGUAGCAAUGGCACCGUGUCUCCUUCUGCUUUUCUAGAGCCGUUCAGUGCUGAUGUGUGGGUGAUGAUGUUUGUGAUGCUGCUGAUCGUAUCUGCCGUGGCCGUCUUUGUCUUCGAAUAUUUCAGUCCAGUCGGCUAUAACCGCUGUCUGGCAGAUGGACGAGAGCCAGGUGGUCCCUCGUUUACAAUCGGAAAGGCCAUUUGGCUGCUCUGGGGUCUAGUCUUCAACAACUCUGUGCCUGUACAAAACCCCAAAGGCACCACUAGUAAGAUAAUGGUAUCAGUUUGGGCCUUCUUCGCUGUCAUCUUCCUAGCCAGUUACACUGCCAACCUGGCUGCUUUCAUGAUCCAAGAGGAGUACGUUGACCAGGUGUCUGGACUCAGCGAUAAGAAGUUUCAACGACCAAAUGACUUUUCUCCACCGUUCCGUUUUGGCACUGUUCCCAAUGGCAGCACAGAGAGGAACAUUAGGAACAACUACAAAGAGAUGCACAGCUACAUGACCAGCUUCCACCAGAAGAAUGUAAACGAGGCCCUCCAGAGCCUGAAAACAGGAAAACUGGAUGCAUUUAUCUAUGACGCUGCUGUGCUGAACUACAUGGCAGGCAGAGAUGAGGGCUGCAAGCUUGUGACUAUCGGGAGUGGUUAUAUUUUUGCUACCACAGGCUACGGCAUUGCUAUCCAGAAAGAUGCUGGUUGGAAGAGACCUGUGGACCUUGCCAUUCUGCAGUUGUUUGGAGAUGGUGAGAUGGAGGAGCUGGAGGCACUGUGGUUAACUGGGAUUUGUCACAACGAGAAGAACGAGGUGAUGAGCAGCCAGCUGGAUGUCGACAACAUGGCCGGCGUCUUCUACAUGCUGGGGGCUGCCAUGGCGCUGUCACUCAUCACCUUCAUAGCUGAGCAUCUGUUCUACUGGCAGCUACGCUUCUGCUUCAUGGGCGUGUGUUCGGGCAAGCCCGGUAUCACCUUUUCUAUUAGCAGGGGGAUCUACAGCUGCAUCCAUGGUGUCCAGAUUGAGGAGAACAAAUCGGGCCUCAACUCUCCGUCAGCCACCAUGAACAUGAACAUGAACAACACCCACUCUAACAUCCUUCGAUUGCUGCGUACAGCCAAAAAUAUGACCUCUGUGCCUGGGGUCAAUGGCUCUCCCCACAGUGCCCUGGACUAUGGCCAUCGUGAGUCAGCUGUCUAUGACAUCAGUGAGCAUCGACGCAGUCUGGCAGGCCACAGUGACUGCAAGCCUCCACCUCCAUAUCUGCCAGAAGAUAAUAUGUUCAGCGACUAUGUGAGUGAUGUGGAGAGGACUUUUGGGAACAUGCACCUGAAGGACAGUAACCUGUACCAGGAUCAUUACCUGCACCACCAUGGGGGCACGGGAUCCGGACUGGCUUUGGGUAUGUCGGGUCCCUUGCCUAACCGACCUCGUAGCUUAGGCAGUGCCAGCUCAUUGGAGGGAGGGAUGUACGAUUGUGACAGUCUAGGGGGAGGGGUAGCACCUAUUUUCACAACCCAGCCCCGCCAGUCACUGACACACAGGAACAGGGAAAAGUUUGACCUGAUUGCAGGCCACCCCACCCAGUCGAGCUUCAAGUCUGGCCUGCCUGAUAUAUAUGGGAAGUUUUCCUUCAAGGGAGGGGCGUCCAGUUCAGGGUUUAUCGCAGGACAUGAGAGGUACUGUGGGGGAGGGGGGGCGGGUUCAGGAGGGGACGACGGAAAUAUCCGUUCAGAUGUGUCAGAUAUUUCCACUCACACCGUAACCUAUGGAAACCUUGAGGGCAAUGCUAAACGACGCAAGCAGUACAGGGACAGCCUGAAAAAAAGGCCAGCUUCUGCCAAGUCACGCCGGGAGCAAGAUGAAAUUGAGCUGGGUUUCCGAAGGCGCACCCACCACACCAUCCACCACCACCACCACCAUCAUCCUGUUACACAAGGGCACCGUUCAGCUACCCCACCUGUGGAACGCAAGAGUCUAAGAGGGGCCAACUCUACGUACAUGUUCCAUGACAAAGAUAAUCUGAGGGACUUCUACAUUGACCAGUUCCGAUCCAAGGAAGGGGCAUCCCAGUGGGAGCACUUGGAUUUGAGUGAUGCUCCAGGAAUGGGUGGCGGAGGGGGUCUGGGUGGGGGCGGAUGUGGCGGCAUAGUCAGCAGUGGUGGUGGCGGGGGAGCGUGCACUAGUUUGGUUCCUGUGGACGAUUUCUUGAAAGGUAAAUCCAAGAAGACAGAGUGUAAGGGUGGAGUGGGAGGAUCUCCUGGGCAGCAGGGCCAUGCAUGCUGGGAAAAGAACAUUGGAGGGGUGGGAGGUUUGGCAGGAGGGGAUUGGGAAUGCCGUAAUUGCCAUAGUGGAGGCAGCAAGCCUGUUUGCAUGCAUGGGGGAGGAGGGGGUGUAGUGGGAUCAAGUGGAGGAGGUGGGGGUAGUGGACAAACCUCCAGUAGGCCAAGCUCAGCCACUUGCAAGCGAUGUGAUUCAUGCAAGAAGCCAGGCAACUUGUAUGACAUCAGUGAGGACAACCACCUCCUCCUGGAUCAGAUAGGGGGCAAGUUCGCCCCAGAAGGUGGAAAGGGAGGCGUUGGAGGUGGCGGGGCCCAAACCCAGGUGCAGAGGCGCAAGUUUGGCCCAGGGGGCAGGGUGUUGCGUAGGCAGCAUUCCUAUGACACAUUCGUAGACCUGCAGAAAGAAGGGGCGGGUAGGAUGGGAGGCUCUGGAGGGUUUGGAGGAGCAUCUAUGCUUCCUCAACCCCGGAGUGUGAGCCUGAAAGACAAAGAUCGCUACAUGGAAGGUGCAAGCCCAUAUGCCCAGAUGUUUGAGCGGUAUAUGGGAGAGGAACGGGAGUCGUUUUUUAGUGGUGGGGACCGGGGCAAGGGAGGUGGCUCAUCGUUUAGCUUGUUUCGUGGGGGUGAGGGAGGUUUGCACCGUCGCUCGGUAGGCGAAAGAGACACUAGGGACAGGGAUAGAGGCAUGAUGGGAGGAGGUAUGGGAGGUACCCGAGGGGUUGGGACUUACUCCUUGUCUAAAUCUCUCUACCCAGAUAAGGUGAACCAGAACCCAUUCAUCCCAACCUUCGGCGAUGACCAGUGCCUAUUACAUGGCGCCAAAUCGUACUACAUCAAAAAGCAACAGGCACAGCCACAGCAGCAGCAGCCACAACAGCAGCAACAGCUCCUCAACAACAACCGGGCAGACUUCCGCGGCUCCAUGGGGGUGACUUCUUAUUUGCCAGCCUCUGCUUCUGCUGGGGUUUUGUCCAACGUGGGACCCCGUUUUCCCAAGGAGCUAUGCCUCAGUGGGCCCCUCAGCAACCACCAUGGAGGGGCAGCAGGCAACAACAAGCUGCUGUCAGCAAGGGACGGGUUAGGGAUGGGACAAGCGCAGAGACCUUUCAAUGGCUCAAGUAAUGGACAUGUAUACGAGAAGCUCUCCAGCAUUGAGUCUGAUGUCUGAUGUUUAUGUGCGGUUAAGAGACAGAGGCAGAAAGAAAGAAGACGAAUGGAAAUUGAAAAACAAGGAGGCAGCAGACUAAAGUAAUGACCAACAGAUCAUGUCUACUUUGUAACUUCACUUUUAGAACCAAGAAAGCAAACAAGAGAAACUGAUCUAUGUUUGAUCCAGGUGGACGUAGCACUGUUGGAGCACUGUAAAUAGAGAGAGGGGACCUGUUUACCAGACAAAAGCUCAGACCAGAGAGUGACAACCUCAGUAUAUCCCUCUAUUUUAUCCUCUCUUCUUUUUAAUUAUCCGUUUUAUUUUUCUGCUCCUUAUACCAAAACACAAUGUCCGAUUAAGCUUAGGUACAGAGACCUGGUACAAUCGUGAAGAGAAAUCAGUUAUUGUCUAGAAACAACAGGGUACACCUUACAAUAAUUGUAUUGAUGAUGUUAACAAUAAUAUUAUUAGAUUACAAUGUUUAUGAUGUUCAGUUUGGGAUUGAUUUCUGUAUGUUAUAUGCUGUAAUAUCUUUUUACUCUGCUUACAAUUCUGUGUUAGCAUACUACUUUGCAGAGAAUUCUUAUUUCAUCAUGGGUUGUCAUUUGAUCCUAUUUGUCAACAGAGCUUGCAUUGUCUUACAUCACCAUGCCAUUUUGCCCUGAUCUGGAACUCCAGGACCGCCAGGGACAAUGCCAAGCUGGAAAAAAAAAUGUUUUCCUUUCAGCUUUAUUUACUAUUAAUUAUUCAUGUUUAUUUCAUUUAUUGAGUGCUGUAAUAUUAUAUGUAAAAGGCAUGAUUUGCAAAGUACUUCAGUUGUACUCGAGAUAUUGUGCUGAAGGACAAUUAUUAUGAUCUCUUUUUAUGGCUUUACAAUUUUUAUAAUGUUGCAUUAAUGUCAGUAGAGCGUUGGUUUAGAACACAGCACAUUACGUGCCUUAGCAGGAGUCCCAGAAUUCUAAUUAUACAGGUCAUGUUGCCAUGGCAACUUUCUGGUCACUGCACACAGAUUGGUAAUUGGAUGAGUAUCCAUGAUUCUGGAUCGUUACAGGUGAUAAAGACACCUGAAAAGGAAUUGCAAUGUCCAAUUUAGUGCAGAGACAUAACACAAUCUUAAAUUGUAUUAUUGUGUAGCACGGAUGUAAAUUCAGAAUUUUUGUUUUACAAAAUUCAUUUUGAAUUCAAUUUGCACAGCUCUCAGUGAAACUCGUUCUAUAGAAAAUAACUUAGUAUUUAGUGAAAUUAUUAGAUGGGAUGUCUUUUUUUUUUUUUUAUUGACCUGCAGGGUUAAGUUAUGAAAUAAUGAAAACGCGAACAUAAAUCGAUUAAUUAUUUUCCACACUUAGCCUGGAGGUGAAAUUUUCCCUUUCUUUUUGUUCUUUUUGGCCAAGAAUGAGACGGCUUUUACAGGAUAUUAUCAAAAAGCUUUGCCUUGGCAGCCACUUGUAUUUUAUAAGUGUAAAUAUUCUUUUUUCAGCAGUGUACAGUAAGAAUACGGGAAGAUUUAACUUUAGGAUGUGUUUCACUUACUAAAAUUUGAAGUAAAAUUAGAAUAUUUGCACAAUUCAACCUGGCCAAAAACAUAAAAAAAGAUAAAAAUUAUAAUAACACAAGUACAAAUGUUACUUAUGUCUUUACUCUCUCUACAUAUUUUAACAGACAGCAUCCUGGCUAGCUCUGCUUUAGCUUAAACAACAGUUAAAACAGUGCUGAUCUGUAAACAACACCCUUCAAUUUAGUUUUAUUCUAAAUCAAAUGUGUUGGAAUGGCACUUACUAAACAACUUAAAUGUUCUAGACUUAAUCAUUAUUGUAUAUUAACCCAAUCAAUCUUGGACAACCAGCAAUAGUCUAUAAGUAGUCAGGAUUACUGCGUAUAUAUACACACUUGAGGUAUUUUGUCUAGUAUUACAUGAAUUAGACAAAAAUUACACUUUGUUAAUGUUUUAACUAGAUUAACCAGUAAACCUGGCCAUUUAGUGGUAUAAUCGAUAGACGUGUCAUAUUUACAUCCCACCAGCCUACAUGUAACCUUUUCUGGUGGUCCCAGAAAUUCAAGUCUAUUUUUUUCUUUUACAUAUACCUAUAUAGCUCUAAAUAAGUUUGUUUUUCUGUGUGAAAUAUACAUCUUCUUUAUUCACAUUUUAUAAACAUACUCUCAGCCAAACGGAUCUCCAAUUCAAGCACAAUGUUUAUAUUAAUAAUUGCUGUGUAAAUAUCUAUUUUGUGGACUUGAAGAAAACACCACUUUAAAUGCCACAUUUCUUCAUUUUUUUGCUAAGUGUGUGAGAGUUUGUGAAACUGUGAGUACAUUGUGAGAGACAUGCAUGCAUCUUCCUUUCUAUUUUACAUUCCAGCUUUUAGAUUCUGUAUAAUUCCAAGACCACGUUUAGUGUUUUUCUUUUUUGUUAAAAAAAAAAAAAUGUGUCUUUUUUUUUUUUUGCUUAACCUAUACCAGUUAGUGUCACACAGAGUUCAAACUUAUAAUGGUCUGGUGUUCGACAGAAGGCAUUAUCCUCAGCUUGAACUUUUGAUUCAUGUGUGGGGUUCUAACUCGACAACAAGUUUAUCUUCAUUCUUGUGUUCAUAGGGCUAUUUUUUAAUGUAAGUGAUUGAAUUAAUCUAUCACUGCAAAAUAUACAUAUAUAUAUAUUUGCAUGUUCAACCCUUGGAAAAAUGUGUUUUUAUUUUGAACGUGGUCUUUUUUCUUAUUAAGGGUAUACUUUUUUUCUUCCGUCAAAUGUUUGUUUCUUAAAUGAUAUUUUGCAGGUUUGGUGUACAAUUAUGCAGUGUGGCCACUUCUUCUGGCACUCUAGAUGUUUUCUGUGGGAUGGUUUUGGUAGCACUGGACAGAGGAAAUCUGUGUGUGUGGGUGACAGUGGAAGAGAGAGUGUCUAUCAGAAAGGAAGUCACGCAGGCUAACUCAAAAGCUAUGGGGUUAGCAGUGCUAUGGAACAGUAAAUUGGCUGUUAAAAAUUUCUUAUUUUUGUGCGAAAUUGAGCUGGCAAGGAACUCGGUUCGCCUUUGCUCUUCCUCAAAACAGCUGCAGUUCUUCCUGUAACAUAGCCUAUAGUUUGGACUCGCACCAAUUCACUGGAGGCUCUGUGAUAGUGGAGCUGUUCACUGCAUGUAGGUGGAGAUUACAAGAGACAAUGGCAGGAUUGUACACAUGAGAGAGUGAAAGAUAGUAGCCUACAUUUCAUAUUUGCACUCUAUUAUAAUUUUUACUCAUGUAUAGGAUUCUUGGGGGUUGGCUGUUGCACAAAGAGGCUGCAACAUUGUUAUAGAGUGUAGGCUUAUCAGUUCUUGUUUCCCAUUGGCUCCUUAUUUCUCUCCUCUGCCAGUGUAUGUCACAGGUAUUUGUAGAAUACAUGUGCCUGAAUUCAUGCUUGAUUACCUCUGCGUGUGGGUAUGUGUGAGACGCAGCGCACAUGUGUUGAAGUUCUGCUGUAAAUAAAGAAGUCCCCUUUUUUUCCAUAAUUUUUAAUAUAUGGACAUAUGGAUACUAGGAUGGGAUCAUUUCCCAUACACUUUUGUUAGGAAGGUUUUAUAACCACCAUAGCAGUAUAACACGAUCACAUGACCAAGGGUAGACCCCAAAUUGAAAGGAUAAAACGUAUGCCUUUGUUGUCUUUCAUAUAAAUUGAUAUUUCUAAUUAUCUUUUUUCCUUGGUUUUUCCGACACUUAUUUUAAAUGUUAAUGACGAAUUACAAAUGUACAGAUUGUGUAAAUAUGACCAAAUGGUUUCUCUUAAUCCAUUUUUGUAUAGAGAGAGAUUACCUGUGUUUAAGAUUACAAUAAUAAUUUAACGGGAAAUUUCACAAUACUUAAGCUAUUGAGAGUACAGACACAGUAUGUGUGAAAUAUAAGUGCUAAGAUAUAUUCUUCUGUCUCUUUGUACAAAACAGUGUUGACAAUAAAUAAAAGGGAGAAAUCCCA